AUGGGGAGGCCAAGUCAACCCUUUCUCACUUUUUUCCUUCCCGAAGGUCUGAUAAAAGAACUUUCCCAGAACCCAAACACCUCACAUACCUCCAAAUUUCCAUGUUCAAAAGCAAAUAGCAUCCGCCUCUCUCUGAUCAACCUUUCUUUGGUUGGUUCACUUUAUAGUAUUCAAUUGGUGGGUUAUGCAUGCGGGUGACAGCUAGGUAUUUGUAAAAAGGCCCGAGCAUUCACACACAUUCGGGACAUCAUCUUUGAUUCACGGACCUUGCUCUGCUUUGCUUGCUCUGUUCAACUUGUUUACACUUGGGUUUCUAUUUCUUCCUCCUCUUUGAGAGUUGGGUUUGGCAACAGGAGUUUUUGGGACGUUUUGUACUGAUGGGUUCCUGCUUCAGUUCAAGAAUCAAAGCUGACAGCCAUCUUCAUAAUGGAUUACAUUCAAAUAGCAAGGUGUCGUCUGUCUCGGUGCCUUCAACUCCUCGCACGGAGGGUGAGAUCUUGCAGUCCUCCAAUUUGAAGAGCUUUGCCUUUAAUGAACUGAAAACAGCCACCAGGAACUUCCGUCCUGAUAGUAUGGUGGGUGAAGGUGGUUUUGGUUGUGUCUUUAAGGGGUGGGUUGAUGAGAAUUCAUUGACAGCUGCCAAGCCUGGUACUGGCAUGGUUAUUGCUGUGAAAAGGCUCAACCAAGAAGGUCUCCAGGGUCACAAGGAAUGGCUGACGGAAAUUAACUACCUCGGGCAGCUACAUCACGAAAAUCUUGUGAGGUUGAUUGGUUACUGCUUAGAGGAUGACCACCGGAUGUUGGUGUAUGAAUUUAUGCCUCGCGGAAGCUUGGAUAAUCAUCUAUUUAGAAGGGCUUCUUACUUUCAACCACUUUCGUGGAACCUUCGUAUGAAGAUUGCCCUUGGUGCUGCUAAGGGUCUAGCAUUUCUUCACAGUGAUGAGGCCAAAGUGAUAUAUCGGGACUUUAAAACUGCUAAUAUCCUGCUUGAUUCAACCUACAAUGCCAAACUUUCUGACUUUGGUCUCGCCAAGGAUGGGCCAGCAGGUGAUAGAAGCCAUGUCUCAACCAGGAUCAUGGGGACAUAUGGGUAUGCAGCUCCAGAGUACUUGGCCACAGGUCAUUUAACUGCCAAAAGUGAUGUGUAUAGUUUUGGGGUUGUUCUGCUCGAAAUGUUGUCUGGCAGACGAGCUGUGGACAAAAACCGGCCAUCUGGGGAACACAAUUUAGUUGAAUGGGCCAAGCCUUACCUUGCCAGCAAACGCAAAGUUCUCCAAAUCUUUGACGCUCGUAUUGAAGGCCAGUACUCUGUGGGUGGAGCUCUCAGAGCAGUUAACCUUGCAAUUCGAUGCUUAGCAGUAGAACCCAAGUUUAGGCUAAACAUGAAUGACGUAGUAAAAGCAUUGGAGCAGCUUCAGGAACCUAGUGACAUGGAGGGAUCCGGUGUCUCUCAAAAUGAUCCUCGCCCGAAUCCUCACGCCAAUUCAAGCCAUGUUCCCAAACAUCGCAGGAAUAGUACCAACGAGAUCGACAAUGCAACUCCUCCUCAUCCCAAGGCAUCUGUUCCCCGCAGCCAUGCAUGAGACAUUCACCCUUCAUUCAUGCUUCACUAUUAUUUCCAUUGGUUCAGAGGAAAAUGGAGGGAAAUUCAGGCCACGAGGGAGGGAGAAGAAAUAGGAAGGGGAACGCGGAUGGCAUGUAUAUUGAAAUUUGUAUCUUGUAAUGAGCAUGUACUGCUACAGUUGGUUAUAUUGUAUAGUUUUUUUGUUUAGUGAAUGUCUUCAUGGUUACUUUCCUCUGAA